AUGGAGCAAAAAUCUGUCAUCUUCACUCUUUUUAUCGUCAUAUUCACUCAGCUUGCUUUUGUUCAAGGGUGUAAUAUAAGAGAGAUAGAAAUAAACCAAGGCCCUAUAAAUGCUCAUCCAAGUGGGAUUCCAGCAUACUUGGUUGAGAUCAACAACGUGUGUUCCACAGGCUGUGACAUCUCUAACAUUCAUGUAAGGUGUGGAGAAUUUAGUUCUGCAACUGUCAUAAACCCUAAUGUCUUCCAUCGUCUUGCUGUUGAUGACUGUCUGGUUAAGGGAGGCCAACCUUUGCCUUUUGGUCAAACUGUUUCUUUCAUUUAUUAUAAUACAUUCCCUUAUUCACUCACUGUAUCUUCUGUUUCCUGCUAA